CAUCCCAAAUUCGAAAGUGUUAGAUUUUUUUUUGUAAGUGUCUCUGCAGUUCUUCAUCUCUUUCUGCUGUGCCGACUCUCUCUCUCCCUCCUCUGCCGCGUCUCCGACGAAUGCCAUUGCCAAAAACCCUCUCAAAGUCUCCGCCUUUCUCGCCGGAACGCUCUCCGAUCGCCCCGGCCGGCGCCGCCACGCCGUCGCCGAACCUCGGGGCCCUCGAAUCUGCUCCGUUGCUUGUCCCCUGUUUUUAAUUUUCUUGUUGGGUCUGUGCGUACUCGCAUUGGGAGCCUCGAAUGGAGGGACGUAAUUCUUGCCUGCGUGGGUAUCCGGCUUCGUAGUUGCAGCGUGUUUUUCGAGCUUGGGUCGUGGAGAUUUCUGGGCUCUUUUUGUUCCUUCGGAUUUGCUGUAAAGUUUGCUCCUUUUGGUCGAGCUUUCUUUUUUUUUUCUAAACUCUGGCUUUGGAGGGAAGCGUGGCUUCUCAAUUUGUCGAGACCAAGUUUGCUUGCGAGCAUUUUGGGUAGUUGAAUCGCUUCGUGGUAGGUGAACCCUCUACUCUGCAAGUGAAGCAGAAUUAGAUAACCGCGGAGUUCAACUUUAUUAUAACUAGGGAUUAAUUGUUUGAAAAGAAAUGUGGCCAGCCUGCAUCUUGCUGUAAUGAAGAACUCACAGGGCGUGCAGGAAAUACAAUCUUCAAACCAUGCUUCUCAUGAUUCCCAAAGUGAACAACAAAACAACCAGGGAGCAGAGGCUCCCUUGCCGGAGUCCAGCUCAAUUUCUACUUCAAGUAAUGAAACUAAGAAGGUUUCACGCAAAGAUAUAGAACUUGUCCAGAAUUUGAUAGAGCGUUGUCUACAACUUUAUAUGAAUAGAGAUGAAGUUGUCAAGACACUGUUGACAAGGGCGAGGAUAGAUCCUGCAUUCACGACACUAGGUGCGCAUGUUUGGCAGAAGUUGGAAGAAGAAAAUGCUGAUUUCUUCAGGGCAUACUAUAUAAGGUUAAAACUGAAAAAGCAAAUUCUGCUGUUUAAUCACCUGCUAGAGCACCAGUAUCAUCUCAUGAAGUAUCCGGUGCCUCCAAAGGUCCCUCUGGCCCCUAUGCAAAAUGGAAUUCACCCAAUGCCUGUUAACAAUUUACCCAUGGGAUACCCAGUGCUGCAGCAGCCUGCAAUUCCAGCACCAGGUCAACCUCAUAUCAAUCCCUUGGGCUGUGGAAUUUCUAGCUGUCAUGUCGUGAAUGGAGUUCCUGCACCAAGCAACUACCAUGCUAUGCGUGUAAAUUCAGCGAAUGACAGUGCAGCUGAUGCAUCUUCCCUCAUUCCUCCAAGCAGUGCCAUGUCAUCCAUGUCAGAGAUGCCUGUGAGUCCUACAUCAGCGGCAUCUAGCGGUCAUUUCCCCUUCUCUGCAUCCGAAAUAUCUGGAUUGGGUGUAGAUACGUCGGCACUUGAUACGGCAUUUACAUCUGAUGUAGCAAGUUCAGUAGGGUUGCAGCUUCCACCUGAUGGGGGACCUGGGAAUUCCAGAGACUCUCUUAGGUCAUUGGAUCAGAUACAGUGGAAUUUCAGUCUCUCAGAUCUAACUGCUGAUUUUUCAAACUUGGGAGAUUUAGGGGCCCUUGGAAACUACCCUGGUUCGCCAUUUCUUCCCUCAGAUUCAGAAAUUUUGCUCGAUUCUCCUGACCCGGAUGAUAUAGGAAGGGAUUCAAAUCUCUUAAUCGUUUUUCCCCUUUCCAUAAGUAAAUUGGAGAUGAGAGAGGACAAGGAGUGAGUCGGCUUAUUGGUGGAAAACCACUUGAGCAACGCAAGAUGGGGGAAGAGCUUAUUGAGCCCAUUUUAAUCUCAAGUUAUCUAACUGCUUUUUUAGAUAUGAAUGAUUCACCUUUUUAUGCUGUAUUUACUCAUAGUAUUGCAUUCUCUCCAGUCAGAACUUGUGCUCUUCUUAAAAUAUUUUAUCUUGUCCUUCUGCAUCCACUAAUUGUCCCUACUAAUGUGUUCACUGUUUUCUUUUUGCCACAGUGGAGGAGUUUUUUGUAGAUGUCCCUGGGCCAGCAGGCUCUCAGUCAGAUGAAGAAGGUCCUAGAUCCCAGUGAGAGACCUGAUUUGUUAGGGUAGCUAUGUUUAGGUUAGAAAAAUAAGUCCUCGCCAUCCAAUAUACUGGCCUUACAGGUUUUUGUCAGUGACCAGUGGUGAAUUCUUUACUUUCCCUUAGCUUGUUGGCGACAAAUGUGGGCUUUUGUACUUCUUAUUACUUUGAGAAUCACUAGCCCCAGAUGGGAACUAUUCUGCUGUAGCUUUAAUUUUCUCAGAUUAGCCCAGCUUAUGGAUCUAUUCAUGUACCUCAUUGUAUAGUCUUGGCAGAAUUGUUGUGUUCACAAUCCUUUCUUUCUCAACAUUUUGCUGUUUAAUUA